AACAGAAGAAGAAACAGUGAUAAGUAUGUGAUCAAGAAUCUGAUAUAUAAACACACUCUCAAAUGAGUCAUCGUCUCCACAGCGUCCUCCUCGGCACCACCAUACGCACCCAUCGCUCCAUUCUACGUGUUUGUUUAUAUGCUUUAUUUAUACAGUUUUGGGUUCUGCGUUUUGUUUGCAGGGCUUGGUUUUGUAGCGGUAGUUUCAGAAACCAGACCCACAUGGAAAGCAAUGCUUCUUGUGAGGCGGUUGUGGGUGACUCUGAGCUCUUGGUUAAAAAAAUGGCUGCUAUUUGUAAUGCCGGUCCCGCCAAACUCCAGGUAAUAGCAGAUUUUGAUGGCACACUAACAAAGUACCGGGUCAAUGGUUGUCGGGGACAAAGCAGUCAUGGUCUUUUGCAACAGGAGAAUCCGGAAUAUGAUAAGAAAAGGCAGGAAUUAUAUGAACAUUAUCAUCCGUUAGAAUUCUCCCCGACAAUUCCAAUUGAAGAGAAAACUAAGCUUAUGGAAGAAUGGUGGACAAAAACUCAUGGUCUCUUAAUUGAGGGAGGCCUUACCUAUGAUGGAAUAAGGCAAUCUGUCGCUGACUCCACAAUUGCUUUUAGGGAGGGUGUUGUUGAACUAUUUGAGUUUUUGGAGGAAAGAGACAUUCCCAUUCUUAUAUUUUCUGCUGGACUUGCUGAUAUCAUAGAGGAGGUCCUUAGGCAGAAGAUUCACAGACUUUUCAAAAAUGUGAAGAUAGUCUCCAAUCGAAUGAUAUUCGAUAAUAAUGGUCACCUUGUAUCUUUUCAAGGGAAGACGAUUCAUAGUCUGAAUAAAAAUGAGCAUGCUCUGGAUAUGGCUGCUCCCCUUCAUGAUCGAUUAGGUGAUAAUAUAGAUGCGUCUACUUAUGAGAAUGCCUCAGUCAAGACUAGAAGAAAUGUGCUGCUUCUGGGUGAUCACAUUGGUGACCUGGGAAUGUCUGAUGGCUUGAACUAUGAGAAUAGAAUUUCCGUGGGAUUUCUGAAUGACAAUGUUGAGAAUUCUCUUGAUAGCUACCGCAAAACCUUUGACAUUGUUUACCUGAUGCUGGUCCUCCACAAUUUCUUUAUGUCGAUGCAUUUGAUGAGGUUCCAGAUGAAUAUUUUGAUGAUAUUUUUAAUCAAGCUUCAAAAAUUUCCUAUAAGAAGUGGGUAAUGACAACGUGGGAACAAUAGAGGUGCCUGUGUAUGGACAUAAUAUUGGCAAUCAAAGACAAAUUGGGGUGCAAGAUCAAUGAAUUCGAGACCAACUCUUAAUAUGCAAAUAGGAGGUGCAAGUUCUGUGAACCCAAGGCAUAUGGGAGUUAGCAUUAGGCCUCCACUAUCGAGGCGAAUGGGAGGUUCAAGUGCCCGAUGGAACCCACCAGAAAAAGCAACAAAUAAGAAAAAUUCCAAGUCAAUUGAAAUUGCUUAUUUUGGUUAUUGGCCAAUAUUUUGUGAACUGAAGUUAGCCUUUACUUCAUAAUGUAGUUUAAUAGUUUCUGGUUGUUGGCCAAUAUUUUGUGAACUUUCUGUUAAAAUCUGAAAAUUAUGGAGAGGAUGGAGAGAAUCACAGAAUGUAUUUUCUGGUUUCUUAAA